CUGGUGUGAAUGCAGCGAAGAUGGCGGAGGAGGAGGGCAGCGCGACUGAGGCUGUGGCCCUCAGACAGAAAUUUCAGGAUAUUAUCUCUGAAUUAAAAAGGAGCUCCGAGUCGAUGCUAGACGCCUCCAAUAGUUUUUGUCGGGAUUUCUGUCAAGUUUUGAUGCAGCAUGGAUGUCAGGGAAGACCAGAUGAAGAUCCGCUUCCUCUGUUGGAGAUGUACACGGUAGCUAUAAUGUGCUGCGCUGAGGCUAGCCCGUUCCUCAGCCCUGAAUGUGAACACCUAACAGAUGUGCUGGACAAGUUAUCAUGGAGCUGUCUGAAUCUUCUCUUGUCAUUCUCCGGGAAAAUCCCUGGUGCCUUAUGGGAAGAGUUUCAAUCUUCUGUCAAGAUGGCUCAUGACAUCCUUCAGGCACGUGGAAACCUGCAGCUUCACUCCUUGUUAACUCUGGUGGAGGAGAAUGGUGUGUGGUCCAACUCCACUCUGUGUAGCCUUCUCUCAAGUGACAUCCCUAAUGUAGAGAAAGUACAUGAGUUUUUAUCUCGAGAAGGACCUGAACUUCUUCAUAUGCGUAUAAAGCACCUCAUCAAACUGAAGCGUAUGGAUAAAGCUGCAAUACUGGCAAAGAUAUGCGCAGAGUUUCCUGAAUUUGGAGGAAAGAAGAACUUUAAACAAAUCUACCUCGUAUGUCUGUGUGAAAUAAAGCCACAACAAGAACUUAUGCAAGAGAUAAAGGAGGUAGACUGUAAGGAGGCUCUGGACAUGAUUUGUAAUUUGGAGUCCGAGGAAGAUGAGAAGGGAGCUCUCAGUCUAUGUACUGCAUUUUUCAAACGCCAGCUUCUCAGUGGGGAUGCUUAUUGUGCCUGUGAUUAACGCCCCUCCAAUGGCGCAUUUGGACUGUGUCAGCAUCUAUUUCA